GCGGGCUGGAGCGCAUUGUUGUCAGAGAGGUGGGGGAGGGAGGUGCGCGCCAGCGGGCGUCCGUGCAAGUUGGCCAAUUGACACCUUGCCUUUUAGUUGUGAAAAUCUGAAUGCGUUGUUGGUUUGGGUCAUCGUUUUCUUCAACUUUUAUUUUUGCGACUUUAGUAUUGGUUAAUAGCAAUUCUACGAAAUAACUGCAGGUGGUCGAUUUUUCCAUGAAGCUGAUUCAACUGAGGAUCGAACUCGGAACUCAAGCGCAUCUCACCAUAAAACUGAAGCCAUCUUCAGCGCACCCAGAAGAUCUCAGGCAAACCUGCUUAGGCUGUGUUCAUACAGCAUUUUUCGUGCGUCGAGGUGGCACAGAUAACGAUCGUCAGCAAGAUGACAAGGAAGCAGUACGAUUUAGUCAAUAACGACGAUGACGAAUAUGAUUGCCGUGUCCCCCUCCAUCCUGAUGAAGCAUUUGAAGAAGGGAUUACGUUUAAAGCAAAAUGCAUCGGCACGUUGGAUGUGCCAAGACCUACCACCAGGCUUGAGAUAGUUUCAGCUAUGCGAAGAAUACGGUACGAAUUCAAAGCAAGAGGAAUAAAAAAGAAAAAAGUGGCAAUCACUGUGAGCACAGAAGGUGUAGAAAUCGUGCACAAGAAAAAGAGAAGGAAGGGCAAGAGACAUUCCAAGGAUGAGAGCAAAGUUCUAGUCACACAUCACCCCAUUUACAGAAUAUUCUACGUGUCGCAUGACUCACAAGAUAUGAAAAUCUUCAGCUACAUAGCCAGAGAUGGCCAUACCAACAUCUUCAAGUGCACCGUUUUCAAAGCCUCGAAGACGAACCAAGCCAUGCGCGUGGUGCGCACGAUCGGCCAGGCGUUCGAAGUGUGUCAUAAGCUGGAGUAUGGCGACGACCACCCGGGCCAUCUCCAGUUGCCGCCGUACGACUCCGGCGACCUGAUCGACACCACCCUGCAGAGACCGGCGCACUUGGAGCCGCUGUCGCGACCUCUCGGCGACGACGGCCGCGCCCCGGCCUCCGGCAUGUUCCGCUCCCCGCUGGCCGACGAACUGGGCUCGGCCACCACGCUGCCGGAGGCGGGCGCUCCUCUCUCCUCCCACCACGAGUGGCAGCUACUGAGAGAGCAGCUCGACCAGCAGCAGCACCAGACUCAGGCUGCUUUGGCUCAGGUGCACCUGCUGCGCGACCAGCUGCGGGCCGAGACGACAGCGCGGCUGGAGGCCCAGUCGCGCACGCACCAGCUGCUGUCGCACAACCGCGCGCUGCUGUCGCACGUGCGCUCGCUGGUGGCGCAGCUGCAGCUGGACGACGCCGAGCUGGAGCUGGAGCUGAGCAGCGCCAGCAGCGCCACUAGUGCCUCGGCCAGCUGCGAGGACAUCAAGCGCGCAGCCUCGUCCAAUGACUCGUCCAUCGACGCCGAGCUCUGCGCGAUGGGCGACGCCAUCGCGCAGCUGGCGCGCGGCUCGUGGGCCGACGAGGUGGACGAGGAGCCGGACGAGGAGCCGCACGAGGAGCCGCACGAGGAGCCGGACAAGCCUGACGGCUGAGCGGCGCGACUCGACGCGGCCCGACUCGGCGGCCUCGGCAGCGAGGGUCGCCUGCAGUCGGGCCGGCGUGGAGAGGACCCCGCGGCCCGGCCGACGGCUCGGCCCCGGCCGCCCGUUCCUGGAUCUGUGUGGGCUGUUACCCAGUCUGUUACGAAGCCCGUGCCGUGAUCUGACGUUCAGUGGUAGGAAGAGCCGUGGGCCGCUCAGGACAUUAUGAAGCGUUGUUUUGUUAGUGCGUGGCGCGCGGACGGCGGCGGUCAGCCGGCCGACGCGUGCCGAAAUUGUCUCGCGUCGUGUUCACGAACUAAGCGUAUUCCGCAACCGUGCGGUAGACGAGUCUCCGCUCGUAGACAGGCAGCUCCGCUGAUAACACUGGUGCGCGACGGUAGAAAAUACACGGCUCUCAAUCGCA